AUGGACGUCCACUUGCAAGGUGCUUAUAAGACAACUAGAGCAGCCUGGCCAUAUAUGAGGAAGCAAAAGUACGGCAGAGUCAUCCAAACCACGAGUGCCAGCGGCCUCUUCGGAAAUUUUGGUCAAUCCAAUUACGCAGCUGCCAAGGUUGCCCUCGUUGGCUUUGCGGAGACGCUGGCGAAAGAGGGAGCCAAAUAUAACAUUCUCACCAACGUUCUGGCGCCCGGAGCUGCAAGCCGUCUCACGCAGACAGUUUGGCCAAAAGAGAUGAUGGACUUGAUGGCACCCGAAUACGUCGUUCCCAUUGUGGGCGUGUUGACACAUUCUUCGUGCCGAGAAAAUGGAAGCAUCUUCGAGGCCGGUGCCGGUCACUUCUCCAAGAUUCGAUGGGAGCGAAGCAAAGGUCUGGCUCUCAAAACCGAUGGACUCACCGCUCAGCAUGUCCUUGCGGGUUGGUCCAAGGUUGUGGACUUUAAAAACGCGGAGCACCCGCAGCAGCCGGCAGACUUGAUGGGAUUGCUUGCCAGCUCUGGCAAACUCCCUGAUAACAAGCCAGUCAGCGCAGAAUCUCUCGGCAUCCAGGGAAAGGUUGCGCUGGUCACCGGCGCUGGUGCUGGACUGGGAAGAGCUUAUGCGAUUGAUCUCGCAAGACUCGGAGCAAAAGUGGUCGUGAACGAUGUGGCAAACGCACAAGCCGUUGCCGAUGAGAUCAAGCAGCAAGGRUUCGAAGCCAUUGCUUGUGACAUUAMGGUGGAGCGUGGGGAUGCCGUCGUGCAAGCCGUGCUUGAUGCAUAUGGCCGGAUCGAUUUGCUUGUCAACAAUGCAGGCAUCCUUCGCGACAAGUCAUUCCAGAACAUGACGGACGAACAGUGGAGUCAGGUCAUCAACUGCCAUCUGCGAGGAACCUUCAAGACCAUUCGCGCGGCACUUCCGCAUAUGGUGAAGCAAAAGUACGGCCGUGUGGUGAACAUCACGAGUACAUCUGGAAUCUACGGCAACUUUGGACAGGCCAAUUAUGCUGCUGCGAAGGCGGGCAUCAUCGGCUUCACCAAGGCUGCAGCGCGAGAAGGUGCGAAGUAUAACGUUUUCGUGAAUGUGGUAGCUCCUUCCGCGGGGACCAACAUGACGCGAACCAUCUGGCCCGAGGCUGAGGUUCAAGCACUUCGCCCGGAAUUCGUCGCUCCAUUGGUCACCGCACUGUGCAGCCAGAAGCCUCCGUACAACGGUGGCAUUUUCGAAGCGGCUGGAGGUUGGUUCGCAGCAACGAGAUGGCAGCGAGCGAGAGGUGCAGACUUGGAUUUCACCAAAGGUCCUCCGGAAGUUGAAGCGGUCGCGGCCAGGUUUGGGGAGAUUAUUCGCUUUGAUGAAAAGGCCGACUGGCCGGAGAGUCCGUCUGAUGGCGGCAGGUAUACCCAUGCAGCCGCAGAGCAGGCUCUUAAGAAGGCCAGCGCCAAACUUUGA